GCCUUGUAAUAAGGACUAAAGGGAGCAGAAAAUAACAAUAUGCGGAAAAUAACAAUUUGUGACGUUAAAUUCAAAUUUUGACUCCCAUUUUCCACUAUAUUGCACUUGAAAUCAAAACACAUAUAUGAUCAUGCAUCGUUGAUUCACAUCCUGUAAGCUCCCUGUCACCAAUCUUACAAAUCAAGAGCCUGUUUCACACGAAUGUAAAUGCACCUUGUUUUCCAUGAUCAUUGAUUAAGCAUGACAAUGUAUAAUGCGUUUAGAGAGAUCUUGAAAGUCCAGAAGCUGAGGAGAAUCGUAUCGUAUACCGGGUUUUAUUGCUUCACAGCACUUGUAACCUAUGCAUACACCAACAAUACGACUAGGGCUGGGUAUUCGAGAGCUGAUCAGUACUACGCGUCGUAUCCAGCUGGAACUGAACUUUUGACUGAUGCUGCUAAGUUGUAUAAACAAGCUCUUGGCUAUUGCUUUGAAGUGGAAGAGUGGGGACCAAUUGAGUGGUGUGUAAUGGCUGAUCAUUUUGACCGUCAAGGAAAAGCUCCGUAUGAGUAUCACGCUAAAUACAUGGCACACUUAGUUUCCCAUGGACAACUGGAAGAAAGUGGCUAGAGGUUCAGGAAUGUCGAUUAGCCCAUGGUCGCAAUGCUUGUCUUGCCUGAUGGAGUAAGCAGCAUAAUAAAAGUUCCUUUUUUCUGAUUCAAUCCUUCAUAGAUUGGUAACCCUUACAAUCUAGGAGAGUCAAUUAGCUUAUCUCGUAAUGUAUCUAAUAAAUUGUGGUACCCAUGUAAUAUUUAAUGUUUCCCUCUUGAUGAGGUAUGUUUAUGUACUAAACAAAACCUUUAAACCAAUAUAUAAUUCAUCAUGACCUUUUGAAGUAAA